AAAGAUAAGACAGCUAGAUGUGGGGUAAAUAUGCGGCAGGAGGGAGGAGCGGUAGGCUGCAGGAGGUCUCUCAAUGUGGGUCAAAAAAUGAGCCCAUGGCUUUGGUGUUCGCUUGUCAACAGCUACUAAGACUGACGCAAGCCAGCGGAGGCAGAGGGACUGGCACGGAGCAGAACAAGCCUCUCAGCAGACAAUUGGAACAGGAAGCAAGGAAGGAAAGGGUCUUUCACCCGGAGGAAGACUGGCAAACUCAUUGGGAUUGUGACAAGACAGCCACACAGUAGCUCCAGAGACCACCCAUUUCGCAGACGAUAGAGACACAAAACAAGGGUCCGCUGAAGAUCUGAAGAUGAACAACACCUUCUCCAACACCUCCAUCAAGUGUGUUCGGGAUACCAGUGUAACAGCUGUGGUUUUCCCCUGUCUGUACAGCAUCCUCUUUAUAGUUGCCCUAAUACUGAACUCCCUGGCUGCAUGGAUCUUCUUCAAUAUCCCCAGCACCUCAACAUUUGUGGUCUUUCUCAAAAAUGUGGUGGUGGCCGACUUGCUGAUGACCCUGACCAUCCCUCUGAGAGUCUUAAGCGACGCCGGCAUCGGUUCCUGGCGUCUUCGUGCUUUCCACUGCAGAUACUCCGCGGUUCUCUUCUACAUCACCAUGUACAUCAGCAUCCUCCUGCUGGGCCUCAUUAGUUUGGACCGCUACCUGAAGAUCGUGAAGCCCUUUGGGAAGUGUAUCCUGCAGCGGGUCCGUGUUGGUCAGCUGCUGAGUGCUGCAGUUUGGGUGGUCAUGUUAUGUUUAGCGCUGCCCAACGUAAUUCUCAGUGACCAGAUGCCACAUGUCCCUGUAGGCAGACUGAAGUGCACCUCCAUGAAGAGCAAAGCUGGCCUGCUGUGGCAUGAAGGGUUCAACUACUUCUGUCAGGUGGUUUUCUGGGGUACGCUUGCCCUCAUGGUGGUUUGCUACACAUUCAUCAGCAAGAAGGUCUACGAGUCAUACAAAGCCUCAAAGAGCAGAUCUCAGGCAGCCAGUCGCAGAACCAAGGCAAAGGUCUUCGUGGUGGUGGGGGUGUUUUUCAUCUGCUUCGCCCCCUUUCACUUCGCACGCGUCCCCUACACCCUGACCCAGACCCGCAGCAUGGCCAGUCAUUGCCAGGCACAGAACGCACUCUACAUUGCCAAGGAAACCACCCUGUGGCUGUCGACCACUAAUGUGUGCCUGGACCCGCUCAUCUACGUGUUCCUGUGCAAGGUGUUCAGAAAGAAACUGACGGCCGCACUCUGCUGGAAGCCGCUUCACAAAGGUACCAUGGAGUCUGCCACAGCAACGUCAACUCAACUGGAGAUGUCACAAAUAAACCACAGUAACAGACUCUCAUAUAAUGGCAUGCUGCAGCACAGCGAACAAUACACAAUGGAGCACAAUUAAUAACCGUUAUAGCUCGGGGUAAGAUGAGAUGUUUUUCUUGUAAAUAGUUAUAAUUGUUGUGCAAGAGUAAAAAGUCUAACAUUUCUGGGAGUGGUCAUAAAGUUUCAUGUCAUCAGUUAACACUGUGUUUGAUACAGUACUAACCAAGCACUUCUGUAUUUGCCAAGUCAUCCAACACACUUCCUUUGUUGUGCCUGCUGUCAUUUUCUGCUUCCUUCUAUCUAAUCUCGCUCAAACUGCACUUUCCCUUCGCAAAACGUUGGCUAAAUGGUAAACAACUUGACAGCACAAUUUUUCAAGUGAUUGCCACCAAGUGUACAGGGACUGAAAGCGAAUUGGGAACAAAAGACUAAGAGAGCAGCCUCUUCUACAAAUAUGUAUAUCAAUAAUAACAUUAAUAAAUUUUAUAUUUUCUUACUACAAGUGAAUAGUGUUUAUUUUUGUGCUUAAUGCAAAUUUUAAUACACAGUACUAUAAAGCCCACAUGACAGAGUUUAUUUACACGUUGAUUAGGUUCAAAAUUAGACUGAUUUCAUCAAAUCAAAAAAGGAGUAAUCACUGUUUGUAUGCAGAGCUGAGGUUUAGUGUAACAUAGGUAGCAAAGUGGCAUAUUAAGGAUAAAAACCACCUGAAAAAGUGAUGCUGUGGUGAUGAAAAGAUUCAUAGCUAGCAUCAUACUCACAUUACUACAAAGUAUAUAAUCCAAAUAAGAAGAUUUUUUUUUUUCAUGUUUGCUUUUUGUGGUUGCUUUUCCUUUGGUGAGCACUGAUUACACAAGAUUAGAGAUGAUUAAAAUUUUCUAAAGCAA